AUGCGCGAUCGCACCCACGCGGAUGCGUCGACGUCCAAACCGACGCCGCCGCCUCGAACGCCGCCGCCCGCGCCCGCCGCCGACUCCUCCAUCGCGGUGGACAUGGCGUGCGGCGCGGUCGCCGGCGUCGCCUACACCGUCAGUGCCCACCCCUUCGACACCGUCAAGGUUGCGAUGCAGACGCGGCCGACGCAUCCGCCGAGGUCGGCGCUGGAGGUGACGGCGGAGAUAUGCCGCGGCCCGCGCGGGGCGCUCGGGCUCUUCCGCGGGCUCGCCGCGCCCCUCGUCGGCUACAGCGUCGAGGCCGGCAUCAACUACGCCGCGUUCAACCAAGGCCGCCGCUGGCUCGAGCACAACAACCCGUUCGUCGUCGCCGGAGCCGGAGCCGGAGCCGCGGCUCCCCGAGACGGCGCGGGCGACGCGUCACCUAGGCGGUCGUGCGCCGCCUCGGGGGCGCUGGGCGGAUCGCUCCUGUCCCUGGUCGUGGCGCCCACCGAUCUGAUAAAGUGCCGCAUCCAGGACGGACAGUUCCGACGCGCGAGGGACGCCGUGGCGGACGUGGUGACGAAGCACGGCGUCUUCGGCAUGACCCGCGGGGUGGCCGCGACGCUGGCGCGAGAGGUGCCGGGAAACGCGCUGUUCUUCACCGUGUACGAGGCGGCGCAGAUGGCGUUCCCGCGGUGGGUGGCGCAUCCUCAUCCUCAUCCUCACGGGGUGGUAUCGAAGCCCGCGUACGCCACGCAGGAGGCUGCCGCGUCCGUGGUGUGCGGCGGCGUCGCCGGAAGCGCGUUCUGGCUCGCCAUCCUACCCAUCGACCUGGCCAAGACGAGAUACCAAAUCGCGUCGCCGGGCGCGGCGGAUGACGUCGGGGUGUGGCGACUGUUGGCUAGGGAGACUUCGAGGACGGGGGCGCGGGGGCUCUGGGCCGGGCUCGGUCCCGUCCUCGCGAGGGCGUUCCCGGCGAACGCGGUGCAGUUUCUGGCGUGGGAGGGGGCGUGCCAGCUGGCGGGGGUGCGGCGCGAGCACGGGCGGUAG